UCUACGCCUAUCAUGAUAUCUGUCGUUGGAUGACUAGCGUUGAGCGUUGCUUUCAUAUGAUCUCACCAUAGCACGACAUUGCUUUAGCAAGGAUUCUUUUGAUUUUCGUCAGCAGCUGAAAUCCUUUGUUGAUAGAGGAGGAGUCUGUUCUUGCUCUCUCAAGCAGAUCCACACCCGAGAGGGAAAGAGCAUCCAGCAGUAUUAGAGGAAAAACUGCAAGAGAAGAAGCAUUUUUAAGAAAGAGAAACUCAGCCUCCAAAGAUAAAGCAACCGCCGGCAACCUCAGAGAAGCUUCCACGAAGGCAAGCCCAACCAUGAACAACCCUCCCAUAUUCAAUUUCCCGGCCUCGCCGGGCACGCCCCUCUUUCCUGUGUCUCCUGAUCGCACAAAUCAACAAAGACAUAUGCAGCCUUUUCCGAUCGCAUUCCCUUCGCUGAAAAAAAUAAACCCUCCACCAGAAAUCCCGUUGCUCCCGACAGCAGGUACAGACCUUGAGCUGGAUUUCGACUUUGAUGCUGCAGACGCCGGUGACGAGAAUCAGAUACUUUGUGAGGAUACCAUCUUGGAAGAGGGCCCGGACGCAUCUGAGGGACUUUUGGCGCCCGGAAGUCACGAGAUGCCUGAAGGAUUAGGAACAGUGCAGCUCAACGAGAACGCAACCUCUUCGUCUCAGUCGUCGAAGCUUUCACCUUCGCAGGGAAUUGGGCAAUUGAACCCUGAGAAGGGCGGUACAUCUCCAAACCCUGAUAUGAAGCUUUCUGGAUGGGACAAUCAACCUCAGGGGAAUGAUAAGAACGUUGAACGAAACAACAGGCGGAAAAGUCACCGAGGAACUCCACGUCGCCAGCAACAACGAGCACCAAAAAAGCCUACUCGCGCUAGCACAUCGUUGUUUGAAGGCCAGAUGACUUCAGAGGAUGCCGAAGAGCAGUUGCGAAAUGCGCGAGACAAGUGGGCGCAGUUUGCAACAAAGUGUCCAGAAUGGGAGAGUGGGCGCGUUGAGAGAGCUCCUGAGCCAGAACCGGUACCCCAUAUUUCUGCCGUUAUGGCCAAGUAUCGCAGCUCGUCUAGCGGAUCUGAAGGUCAACAGAAAGCGGCGCCUUCAAGCUCCCCCAACUCAGAGAAACAGAAUACCAAACCCGAAGCGCCUGUAAAAUCAACACGCUUUGCAGAAACCAGCCCCAAACAGCUAAAUGACAAGAGCAGUCAAGGAAGCAACCGCCCGCGAGAUCGAAAGCGCAAUGAUCAUGCCCUACGGCGUGCUGAGUUGGGAAGAGAGGAAGCGGAAAGUGAAGUGAAGCGACUACGGAUGGAACUGGAAAGGCUGAAUGAUAAAAUUGUAAAUGAGAAGCAGUCGAGUGAGAGUGACAAGGCAAGAUCGGAUAUGCUUACGAAAGAAGUUGAAAAGCUCAAGCUUGACCUCACCACAGCCAACACCAGACUCGCACGUGCGGAGAAGCACCAUAAGCGCGCCGUUAAAGACGCCAUGAAGACCUCAUCUGCUAUUGUUGGCUUGCAGGGAGAGCUGAAGACUGCCCGGGAAGACCUCAACUCCACCAAAUCAAGCUUCGAAAUGGAGCGAGUAAAGUCAAAAAAGCGAGAAGAGGAAGCAUUCCAGGCACAAUUUAAGUUGAUUGGAGUUGAAGAGGAACUUGCUCGAGCUAAGCAACAGAUUAAGCUUUUAGAAGGGGAACGUGAUGCGCUCAAGACUAAUCUCAAGGAAGAAGAAGUCGCCCGUAUCGCUGCUCAAGGCCAAAUUGCGUUACCCGUGUCGCGCGACGAUGCUGAAUUUGGCUCACCCAAAGCGGAGAGAAAGCCUGCGAUUAAGCCAAACGCAUUGAUCGAGGAGGAAGUGGAGGAGUUAGACAUGAUCAAAGACCAGCUAGACAGGGAAAAGAUGCGGGCAGACGAGGCAGAAGAGCUUGUGCAAUUCAUGCAACGAGAGUGCCAGCUAGGAAUUUGCGCGUGUCAGCUGGCGAAGCAGAAGAAUUCCGAAUACAUUUACGACAAGCAGCUGCACGAACACGUCAAGCGCCGCAGAGCAAACGAGGCUAGCACGCCAAAUGCCCCUCAGGUUCCUGAGGCAUCAGUUGCACCAAACCCUUCUCAUAUCGAACCUGAAAUCAAGUCAGAAGCCGUGGUCCCUUUGGCAACGGAAGAGCGUCCUCAACAGAAGCAGCAAGAGCAGCUCUCCCGCCCUACUCUGGCAGCCGAAGCACGAGCUACUCCAGAGCCACCACAGUCAGCCGAUGCUGAAGAACCUGCCGUCAUGUUCUCUCCAAGUUCUGGCACAUUUCAUGCAAACCCCACUCAACAAGCAGAAACCGCGGAUACUAUCGUCCCUGAAGAACAGCACAUGCGUUCCCGACACACGCAAGAACGCGAACCGCAUCGAUCCAUGCUCGCUUCCUCGAUGUCAGCUGUCACUCCAUCAUUUUCAUCCUCGGCGGGACCCUUUCUCCAAACUCCUGCGCGACGCAUAGCCACUCCAGCCUACCCUCAUACUCACGCCGCUACCAGAACAAUCCCACUCGCACCCCCUGCCGAUUUUAUCGAUCACCAUGACGCGCUUGGUCUACAGAAAAUGUCCCGCGAAGAAGCACUCGAGCAGAUUCGCCAGCGCCGGGGCCGUGCGCGGAGUAUUGCCGCAGGAACGUUCACGCCGAGAAAGCAAAUGGUGAAUCCAGCUCCCAAGAGGGACUUUAGUGCGCCGAUUGUACGGCCAAACUAGGGGCCCAAAUCAGGGGGACUGCGGAGAGGGGGAGGAGGGGG